AUGUCGUCUUCUGGUUGCGCGUUGCGGCGUCUGCAGCGUCUUAGGAAGAAGAAUGUUAAUGCUGCGAUGAUGAGGAGACCGACUAUAGUUAUUGGGAGCGCGAUAGCUAGCUUUAUGCUUGUAGAACUUCAACUGUUUGAGGAGCUUGUGUCUGCAGUAUCGGUUGGUGAUUCUGUGGGGAUACUUUGGGUCGUACUAGUAGUUGUUUCUGAAAAAGAAGAAGACAAUGAUGACGAUGACGAUGUUUUUAUUAGUGUUGACGACGAUGAGGUUGAUGUGAAGGCCGUUGUGGUGGUUGAUGAAGUCGAUGUUACUGUAGGCGUGAUACUCUCUGAUUCUGGUUCUGAGGAGCUUGUAAGGAUUACGCCCGAGUCGAACCACGCCAGUGAGAGUCGCCUCACCUCGCUCGACUACCUGGAUGAUAUGCUCCAUGGCAUCCUUGAUGGUCGGUGA